UUCCCCCCCCCCCCCGGCUCAUUGAUUGGUUCUCAAGGGGUGGCUCUAAUCUCUCCAGCCGUGAUGACCGGGGGGGAAGUCACAGUUGAAAAGUCCCUGGACACGUGGAACGGCCCUUCACUGGAUGGGCGAGAGAGAGACUUCUUGGGUCCUCGUAAAGAGAUGCUUGGCGAAAAGCCAUGAUAAGACCCGCUCAUACUAGCCGAUGCCCGUCAUGACCAUGACGCGGACAUCGCGACCAUGUUUGAUCGUGUCAAGGUGCGAAUUGCAAAGUCUGGACCGCUUGUUGAUAUUGCCGUUGGAAUUGCCGUUGACAAGAAGCGAGCAGGCGAAGAAGAGCUAUAAAGCUGUGGGCUGGGACAGUUGGUCGUGGUUGCAGUGGUGCAGGAUCUCCGCACGUUCCUCCAGCCUCCCCUCCAUCUUCCUCUUCCUCUUCCUCUUCCUCUUCUUCCUCAAUCACAUGCUCCAGAACCCCGUGACUUGAACGAUGCAAAACGAUACAAUGGCCUCCGAGAAAGGCAUCUCGCAUCACCAAGAAGACGUCUUCACUCAAGAUGCCUCCAAAGCCGCUGGUCAAGGCCUCGCAGCCACUGACCAGUAUGGCCGGGCAUUGAUUGAAUUCGAUCCAACCGCAGAGCGCCGCCUGCGCCGCAAGAUUGACCUGUUCAUCCUCCCCACUGUCUCGCUCAUCUACCUGUUCUGUUUCAUCGACCGAGCCAACAUUGGAAAUGCCAAAUUGGCCGGUCUCGAGAAAGACCUCGGCUUCACCGGCUACGACUACAACGUCGUCCUCUCCGUCUUCUACGUCUCCUAUAUCCUCUUCGAGAUCCCCUCCAACAUCGCCUGCAAGUUGAUUGGCCCGGGUUGGUUCCUCCCCGCGGUGACCGUCGCCUUUGGCAUCUGUUCGCUGGGCACAGCGUUCGUCCAGAACAAGCAGAGCGCCGCCGGGGUGCGCUUCCUCCUCGGAAUCUUUGAAGCAGGCAUGCUGCCGGGCAUCGCCUACUACCUCUCGCGCUGGUACCGGCGCAGGGAGCUGGCCUUCUAUCUGUCGCUGUACAUCGUGAUGGCCCCGCUGGCGGGAGCGUUCGGCGGGCUGCUGGCCUCGGCGAUCCUCAAGAUCGACCACUUCGGCAGCCUGCACACGUGGCGCAUGAUCUUCGCCAUCGAAGGCAUCAUCACGAUCGGCUUGGGGCUGCUCGCCUUCGUGACGCUGACGGACCGGCCCGAGACCGCACGCUGGCUCACGCAGGAACAGAAAGAUCUCGCCAUCGCGCGGAUCAAGUCCGAGCGCGUCGCGACCACCGAGGUGCUCGACAAGAUGGACAAGGCCAAGAUGAUGCGGGGGAUCUUCAGCCCGGCGACCCUGACCACGGCGUUCAUCUUCCUGCUCAACAACGUCACCGUCCAAGGCUUGGCCUUCUUCGCCCCGACCAUCGUGCGCACCAUCUACCCGACCAGCAGCGUCGUCUCGCAGCAGCUGCACACGGUGCCGCCGUACAUCGUGGGCGCCUUCUUCACGGUGCUCUUCCCCUUCCUAAGCUGGCGCUUCGACCGGCGCCUGCCCUUCUUCGUCCUCGCCCCGCCGCUCACCAUCACCGGCUACAUCAUGUUCCUGGCCAGCGCCAACCCGCAGGUCCGCUACGGCGCCACCUUCCUCAUCGCCGCCGGCGCCUUCAGCUUCGGCGCCCUCUGCAACGCCCACGUCUCGAACAACGUCGUCUCCGACACCGCCCGCUCCGCCGCCAUCGGCACUAACGUCAUGUUCGGCAACGUCGGUGGCCUCGUCUCCACCUGGUCCUUCCUCCCCUCCGACGCCCCGAACUACCACAUCGGCAACGGCCUCAACCUGGCCACCGCCUCCAUGACCCUGAUCCUGGGCGCCUUGAUGUGGAUGUGGAUGCGCUGGGACAACCGCCGCCGCGAGCAGGUCGAUAUCGAUCGCGCGCUGGCUGACCUCUCGCAGGAACAGAUCCAGGAUCUGGACUGGCGCAAUCCCGCCUUCAAGUGGAAGAUGUAAACGUCUCUCUGGGAGUGUUGUUCGGAGCUGGCUGGGUGGCUCAUGGGUGUUCCGGUUGGGUGUAUGGGUGUUUCGGAGCGCAAGCGUUUGUGGCGGUUAUAUAUGUAUGUAAGUUUAUUCUUGAGUAUCGAAUUAUUUGCCAUUGAGAGUCGAAGAC